AUGUCUUCUAGUCGGCCCAGAGCUACGCUGGUGCGUGCUCCGGUCUUACCGGAGCAAACUACUCCUGAACAAAGGUACUGGAGAUCAUAUGGUUCAACUCAACUGGUCAAAGAGCACAACAGUGUGACAAGCAUCUCUUUCAACCCUACGCACCCCAAUGACUUCGCGAUCACUUCUUCCACAAGAGUCCAGCUGUUCUCUUCUCGUACAAGGCAAGUGAUAAAGACGUUCUCGCGAUUCAAAGACGUUGUAUAUUCAGCCUCGUUUCGCCAGGAUGGUAAGCUUUUGGCAAUGGGAGAUGCUACAGGACGUGUGUCUAUCUACGACUCCUACAACCCUCGCACCCAACUUGUAUCGAUAGCUGCAUCGUCGCAUCCUACGCACGUUGCCAAAUUUCACCCAGCAGACAGUAGGACGUUGGUUACGGCGAGCGAUGACCGUGUUGUCAGAGUCUGGGACAUAACUCAAGCUCAAGAACCGCAAGUGGAGCUUACGGGAGCCGCGGACUACGUACGGAGUGUGUGCAUGGUCCCGCAAGCGCCGCAUCUGGUUGUCACUGGUUCGUAUGACGGCUUCGUGAGACUUUUCGAUACCAGAAGUAACGAGGCAGCAACCACCUUGGUGCAAGGCAUGCCAGUCGAGGAUGUAAUUGCUGUUUCACCUACACAGCUUGUUUCCUGCGGAGGCCCCAAAUUUAAGGUAUGGGAUCUGACUGCGCAAAGGCAGCUGUUGGAGAGAGUAAAUUUUGCAAAGACUGUGACGUGCCUAGACCAUGUUGAGCUGAUGGAAGACUCUCCUAUGAGCUCUACACUUGUGGCAUCGUCAUUAGAUGGCCAUGUCAAGGUUUUUGACCCACUGGACGGAUACAAAGUCAAGUUUGGCUGGAAGUUCUCGUCCCCAGUCCUCAGUUGCGCUGUCUCUCCAGGAAAUGCUCAAGGCAACAAGCAUCUUGUUGCUGGUUUGUCUUCUGGUCUGUUGGCUAUCAGAACAAAGAGAAGGGCAGAAAAGAGCGAGAAAAUCGAUAUUGAAAAGGUUGCUAAGAGCUCCAACUUUCAAAGAAUGAUGAGAGGCUCGGAAUAUGCAGGCGACCAAGAGCAUAUUAUACACAAUGAUAAAACGAGACCUCAACGUAAGCUUCGGGCAUUUGAGCGUCACAUGAACCAGUUUAAAUGGGCAGAGGCCCUGGAUGCUGCAUUUGUAUCCGGAAUGGCUAAAGAGUUAACGCUCACAGCAUUGCACGAGCUUCGUAGAAGAGGUAAGAUUAGAGUUGCGCUGAUAGGAAGAGAUGAAUCCUCACUCGAACCCUUGCUAAAUUGGUGUUUACGCGGUAUCGAAGACGUCAGAAGCGCCACUGUUGUAGCGGACUGGGUGGCAGUGGUUCUCGAACUUUACGGCGACUUGAUUGCCAAAUCUUCUGUUUUAGAGGAAAUGAUCGUGGCACUCAAAGACAAAGUCAAGCAGGAGGUCCACCGUGCGGAGGAAGCGCAGAAAAUCGAGGGGAUGCUGCAACUACUGGUGAGUUAA